GCUGGGACGGCGCACAGCCGCCCGCGCCGUUAUUUGCUUUGCCGGCGUAUUUGUUACGAGAGCAGACAGGGACAAAAGCUAUGUUUUCGUACGCCUGGGUUUGCCUGAUUCUUGUCCAAGGAUGUACUUCCUUGGAGUUCGCUCAAGAUCUGAUCGACGCCCGAAGGCUACACCUGGUGCAUUUCAAGGCUUCUCACUGGAAGCCUUUUUUGCGGUGUAUCGACGAGAACCUGCCUGUCACGCAUGUGGAUUCCCAGUGCAGAGCGGAUGCGCAGCGUUUCGUCCAGGCGAUGCUGGCCGAAGAACCGUCUGGAUUGUCCUGUACGCCAUCCUAUCGGGGCUGUUUGCACCAAUCUUACUCCAAACUUGAAAAGGAUCUACCGGGCCGAAAGCGCCUCGCUUUGCUGAACAACCAUCGGGGCACUCCACUCCUCACGCCGUCGGCCCACGCAGUGUUGGACUCCCUGGGAUCUCUUCCCACGGGCAUGCUGCGGGGCUCCGUGCUCGAGUAUGGCUCGCCCGAGCUCUGCUUCGGAGCCCAGGUGCGCAACAAGACGGGGACUCGAAUCAGCAGCAAGUUCUGCCACGUCUACGUCUACCUGCCAGCCGACGUGCCGGUGCCGCCGGUCGCACCGCGCAUGCAACAGGGUGUCCAGAACUUCGUCUUUGACCAGUCUAGCUUGAAACUCGGAGGCUGUUUUCCUUCAACGUGCGGAGACCAGGACAUAUCGCUGAUCCUUAAUCAGUGUCUUGCGACAUGGCAGCUGGCCACAGUCGUGUCCCUCUGUGACGACAACGAGCCGUGGGAAGGACCUCCUUUGUUCGUGAUACGGGCCACUGGAGAAACUGAAGGCGCUUUCCGUAGUUCGGAGCUUCCGCUCGAUAUUCGUUUUGCCCAGCCAGCGCAGCAACUUGGACGCCUUCCAUGGCCUGCGCGUCUUGGGAACUUUCUGGGUCAUCACCAGUCACACUUCUAUGUUCACAGACGUAGAGUUCUAUGACAAUGUUGACGAGCUCUACAAACUGUCGUCAUCGUGGAUGCGUCAGUUUAUAGUCAACGCUUCAUUGCACUCGUGCAUAUUCUUCAC